UAUAAACUGACCAUGGACGUAGGGAUAACAAACAGUCCUGCCUUUUCCUGGCAGAGUGAAAUGAUGACAGCGGAGGGCUCCAAAUAAAAAGGACCUGCAGGGACGCUCAGAAGUGACUCUAACAAGGACUCGCUGUGAGGAUGGAGAAAGCUGUGCUGCUGCUGUUUUGUUGCCUGGUCAUGUCUUUAGCAGGCUCCCCGCUCUACCCAUCCAUUAGGUUUGGCAGAAGGGACACCUCCAUCCUGAUGACAUCCUCUUUAAAGGAUCCGGCUGAUCAGCUGGAGGACGACUCAGGAGAGCCAGCGGGGUCACGCUCGGGACGCCACGCUGACGCCAUUUUCACCAACAGCUACAGGAAGGUCCUGGGACAAGUCUCUGCCAGGAAGUUCCUUCAGACAAUCAUGGGCAAACGGCGGGGUGAUAAAAGUGAGAGCUACGUGAAGCGUCAGUCAGACAUCUACGAAGGGACCUUUAAAGAAGAUCUAACCUCCAUCCAGAGCAACCAGAGAUACAGAGGAGUGCACGGGAACAUUAUGAGGCCCAGACUGCUUAGUUGAGAUCGGUGGAUCGGACAGAUGGAAGGCUGCCACUCCUCGCCAACUUUACUUUCCAUAACCAUCGCCGCUUGUUUUCCUUUACCUUCUUAUUUAAAGAUCUAAAGUUUAUUGUCUUUUAUUGAAUUCCC